AUGGGAACCGGUGUAUGCGUGCAACUACUGACGCAUUUUCCAUACCCGUCUUACUGGCUUUCCAAUCUGGCCUAUGUCUUCUGGAUCGCCGAUAUUUGCCUCUUCGCUUUUUUCAUGGCCCUGGGCAUCCUCCGGGUUUUCAUGUUUCCUGCGAUUGCAAAGAACAUCAUCGACGACUUUUCGCAAACAAGCUACCUUGGAGCAAUCGUCGUUGCAUGGGAGACUAUCGUGCUUGGAGUAGCGCAGUUUUACUCCAGUCGCACAGCCGGCAUAUAUGCUGCAGAAGCUAUGUUCUGGAUAGCUGUCGUUGGAAGUUCAUUUGUCGCAUUUGGUGGGAUCUACUUCAUGUAUACUCGGCAAAAGGCACAUUCUCUCGAGCAGGUGAAUGGAGUAUGGUUUCUGACCUUCAUUCCGUUGAUCGUCUGUUCAACUUUGGGUGGUGCAGUGGCACCUCAUUUGAGUUAUGAAAAUGGCAUACUGGUGCUGUUUGUAUCAUUCUUGAUGUGGUCGUUGGGAGUGGGCAUGUCUUUCAUGCUGGUUCCCAUCUACAUCUGGCGGCUCAUGAGUACUCUUCUUCCUCCGCAAGCAGUGAUUGUCAGCACUUUUGUCCCCAUCGGUCCGUUCGGGAUGGGCGCGUACUCUACUCAACAGCUGGCUUCUGGCCUGGCAAGGCGCAUUGCACAGCGAAACUUCACACUGACCAACCCACCUCAGCCACCUUCAGAUGGAGCUUACAUCGCAACUAUUGGAGAGGCUAUCCAAUGGGCGGGUAUCAUCCUGGCUCUUUUUCAGUUGGCGGUGGCUUCCUUCUUCCUAGUUGAAGGUGUGCUUGCGAUAUGCACAAGAGCUCCAGGCCCAUUCAACGUUGCUUUCUGGAGCUUCGUCUUCCCAUGCGGCGUGUAUGCCAAUGCUUGGAAUCUCAUGAGCACCAAUCUUCGUAAUGAAGGCUUGAAAGGUUGGGCGGCGAGCUGCACAGUCGCAGUUGUAUUACUGUGGUUGUUCUGUGCAUCGAUGAGCUUCUGGAAAGGUGUUUGGCAAGGCAAGCUCUUCUUCGCGCCAGGUUUGCAGGGUUCGUUGGAGAAACAGGAGAUUGAAAAACGCCACAUCGAUCCUGAGAGACCUUCCAACGAGGAUCAUAAUCCAUACGGUUUAGCUUUCCACACUACACAUACAGGAGAACAGGUGCAUCGAAAAGCAAGGUCGGAUGGUAGUUAUAAGAAAGUUAGGAUAGAUGAUUAG